GACUGAAUUCAGUCGAGUGAAGAUGCGAGGCGGCGUUGUGUUUGUGUUUGUGGCGCUGCUGCUGCUGUUGUGUGGUGUGGUGGUGCCAGGUGUGCUGUGGCACCAUGCUGGUGCUGGUGCUGGUGCUGGUGCUGGUGGUUUGAUGGGGUGCCAUGCGCUGGAAUACGAUGACUCGGUCAUUGCAGACAUGGACAAGCUCGCCGCAGACCUGAAGGAGCAGGACGACACGCAUGGACACCAUGUGCGCCACUUUGAGAAGAAACACCAACACAUCAUGGCUUCUGCUGCCAAGCUACGCAAGCGCAUGGCAAAGAUGCAGCAGGAGCGCGAGGAGAUGUUCAUGAACGCUGCAGAGAAGGUCAAGCGACUGCGGAAACGAAGGGAAGACCUGUAAGACUCCAGUGACCCGACAGUUACUAUUCGUGCCGCCACACUCUGCGUCAUCCAAGUGCACGACUUCCACAAGCGCGUCACGCUGUACUCCAUUACAUAAGUGACAUUCUCACACUCCACUUAGUUCUUGAACCCCGUAUUAUUGUACCUCUUUCUCUUGAACAACAGUUUGUUUGAAUGGUGGUGACCUUCAUACUUGAACCACUGUUACCCUUUUCCACACUUUCACAACAAAGCUCCUGUUCCACUCUCUUGCCCUUCCCCUUCCCUUGCUGUUGCUGCCGAUAACCGCAAACCACGACGGAUAAACACAUGCACGUACA